CUGCUAACCAUGCAGUUCAUCUUGACUUGUCUUGCUUUUGCUGCGAUAGGCCGUGUGUCUGCCUUGCCUGGGUCGACAACCGCACCGUCCAGCGCGGCACUUCCUACGGCGACCUCUAUCGUGCCCGGCCUGAACUUCCUCGCACACACCGCAGGCAAGCUUUACUUCGGGACGGCUACGGACAACACGCAGCCUGAGUUCGAUGACACCACGUACAUACGCAUCUUGGAGAAUUGGUGGCACUUUGGCCAACUGACUCCUGCGAAUGCUAUGAAAUGGAUGUAUACGGAACCCGAGCCCGGAGUGUUCACAUUCGACCUUGGUGACCAGAUCGCGGACCUUGCACAUGAAUACGGCAUGUUCCUUCGAGGGCACAACGGGGUAUGGCACGAAGAGCUUCCAGACUGGGUAACGUCCACCGAAUGGAAUGCCACCGGCCUUGCAGAGGCCGUCCACAGGCAUGUCAGUGGGAUAGUCGGGCACUAUGCAGGUCAAGUAUAUGCGUGGGACGUUGUCAACGGUAGGCCUGGAAACCACAUACGGACUGCAGAGCCGCUGAACGACGACGGCACGAUGCGUGAAGACGUCUUCUAUGACACGCUGGGCGAGAGCUACAUCGAGAUUGCCCUGAAGGCGGCACAUGCAGCAGAUCCUCACGCGAAGCUCUACAUCAAUGACUACAACAUUGAAAACGUCGGAAAUAAGUCGACGGCGAUGCAGAACCUAGUCAAGCGGUUACGGUCAGACGGCGUCCCUAUCCAUGGAAUUGGCAUGGAGUCGCACUUCAUAGUCGGAGAGGUCCCUACAACCCUCGUCGAGAACUUCCUGGCGUACCAGGAGCUCGGUCUCGAGUUCGCAAUCACUGAGCUUGAUAUCCGCAUGGAGCUCCCGGCUACCAGAGAGUCAUAUGAACAGCAGAAGCAAGACUAUCACACCGUUGUCGAUGCAUGUCUGCAGGUACUAGCGUGUGUUGGUGUCACUGUCUGGGAUUUCACCGAUAAGUAUUCUUGGGUACCGGGCACAUUUAACGGCGAGGGUGAUGCUUGUCCAUGGGACUCGGAUUAUCAGCGCAAGCCCGCCUUCGAUGGCAUCGCUGUUGCCUUCGAGCACGGGAACAUUGGUGCAUGA